AUGUGGAAAUUGGGAAUUCUAUCCUGCUUCCUUUUUGCGGUCCUAAUUCCACAAAUAUGGCCAAACUGCAAGGACUAUUUGAAUCGAGGAUUGGAAAAGGUUCAACCUGUUGUUCUUGGUGGGAUGAUGAACCUGAUCGAUGCCAAUGCACGUCUUAUGGAACCGGUGUUUAGCUUCUUUCGCCUGAAGGUAGCUGAUUUGAGUAAUAAAGAUGACGAUGGUACUGGGCCCUUCAAAUUACCCCAAUGUCUUAAACAACCAUUUACGGUCGAAAAAUUGGCAAAAUAUGAGCAUCUUUCAAUUCUUGGAGUAGUCUUCGAUGUCAGUUCAAACCACCAACUAUACGGACCAGAUGGUCUCUAUGCAUUAUUAACGGGUCGUGACGCAACCCGAAUGAUUAUUUCCGAAGGAAUGAAAGACACAGGAUCCGAUAUUUUUGCUCUAGAUGCGCUGACAUCUUCACAGUUAAAUGAAUUAGGUGACUGGCUUAAAAUAUACAUGCGUAAAUACCGCUGUAUUGGUUAUCUUCCAGGUGUCUACUGGUCCCCGAUGGGAGACCCGUCUGAACUCCUUGUCAACCUCAUUGAAGCUUGGAAUAAGCACUCCCCAGAGAGUAUUGAUUUUCAUGAUCUCCCGCCGUGUAAUUCCUUCUUUGAUGGAAAAAAGCUCCGUCUUUCCUGCAAUCUGUACAGCAGUGAUUCUUCAGAGCAAUUUUUUCCCCGUCAACUCUUGGAACCGGAAAAAGCGAAAAUGAGAUGUGCUUGCGUUCCCAAAUCCCAUCUUACUCAUUCCAGAUUGAGACUUUACCCCGGCUGCUCGGAUAUUGCUGAUCAAUGUCUCAUUCCUAUUGCUGAUGCUGAAAGUAUAUGGACUGGAAGACUGACAUCUUUUGAUACCAUUUAA